GGUCUGGGAGGGAGGAAGGCGGCAAGAUGGUGUUGGAAAGCACUAUGGUUUGAAUGAUGGAUGUUAAAAAGAGAGAUGAUAAAUCCCUUCCCCGCCCCAUUCACUCGUCUCUAACUCCAUUGCCUUCCCCUGUAUCAUCUUCAGAGCGUGGACAACAGCGAGUAUAUGCGGAACGGGGACUUCCUACCCACCCGGCUACAGGCCCAGCAGGAUGCCGUCAACAUAGUCUGUCACUCCAAGACCCGUAGCAACCCUGAGAACAACGUGGGCCUCAUCACACUGGCCAAUGACUGUGAAGUGCUGACCACACUCACCCCUGACACCGGCCGCAUCCUGUCUAAGCUCCACACUGUCCAACCCAAGGGCAAGAUCACCUUCUGCACUGGCAUCCGCGUGGCCCAUCUGGCCCUGAAGCACCGACAGGGCAAGAAUCACAAGAUGCGAAUCAUUGCCUUUGUGGGAAGCCCCGUGGAGGACAAUGAGAAGGAUCUGGUGAAACUGGCUAAACGCCUCAAGAAGGAGAAAGUAAAUGUUGACAUUAUCAAUUUUGGGGAAGAGGAGGUGAACACAGAAAAGCUGACCGCCUUUGUAAACACAUUGAAUGGCAAAGAUGGAACAGGUUCUCAUCUGGUGACAGUGCCUCCUGGGCCCAGCUUGGCUGAUGCCCUCAUCAGUUCUCCGAUUCUGGCUGGGGAAGGCGGUGCCAUGCUGGGUCUGGGUGCCAGUGACUUUGAAUUUGGAGUGGAUCCCAGUGCUGAUCCUGAGCUGGCCUUGGCCCUUCGUGUUUCUAUGGAAGAGCAGCGGCAGCGGCAGGAGGAGGAGGCGCGGCGGGCAGCUGCCGCCUCUGCCGCUGAGGCCGGAAUCGCUACGACGGGGACUGAAGGUGAAAGAGACUCGGACGAUGCCCUGCUGAAGAUGACCAUCAGCCAGCAGGAGUUUGGCCGCACCGGGCUCCCUGACCUAAGCAGUAUGACCGAGGAAGAACAGAUUGCAUAUGCGAUGCAGAUGUCCCUACAGGGUGCAGAAUUUGGCCAGGCAGAAUCAGCUGACAUUGACGCCAGUUCAGCCAUGGACACAUCUGAGCCCACCAAGGAGGAGGAUGAUUAUGACGUGAUGCAGGACCCCGAGUUCCUUCAGAGUGUCCUGGAGAACCUUCCAGGCGUGGAUCCCAACAAUGAGGCCAUUCGAAAUGCCAUGGGCUCCCUGGCCUCCCAGGCCACCAAGGAUGGCAAGAAGGACAAGAAGGAGGAGGACAAGAAGUGAGACUGGAGGGAAAAGGGAGCCGAGCCUGUGCGGGGCCGAGUGGGGCGGGGUGGGGUAGAGAGUUAGAUGUGCUGUCUGUGACCACUGCAACCUAAAUAAAGCUUGGCAACUUUCUUUCUUUUUUGCUUCAAA